AUGGCAUUUUCCCAGUUGCGCUUUGUACAGCUCCUCCUAGUCGUGUUCGGAGUCGCUUUCAUCUUGUUCAAGCUACGACCGACCACUCAUAGAGGAACCGCCCCCACCCAGCAGGUCUGGAGCGGCCCUAAUUGGGAUGACUUUGAUGCCAUUAGAAAUGAAACCCUUGGGGUUCAAAAAAUCUUCGCCAUUAAUCUUAUCAGCCGGCCUGACAAGCGGGAUAAUAUCGUUCUGGGCUCAUCUCUCAGUAAUUUCCACGUCGACUGGAUCGACGGCGUGACUCCGGACGAGGUAGAUGCUAAAUCCUAUCCAUAUAACUGGAACCAUGGCCAUAAACGAACCGAGUACGCUGCCCGACGGGCGCAUAUAAAUGGACUCCAACGAGUUGUCCAGGAGAGAUUAGCCAGUGCUAUUAUUAUGGAAGACGAUGCCGACUGGGACGUAUCGAUCAAACUCCAGCUUGAGAGCUUCGCCCACGCAGUCCGAGCCCUCCAGCUUCAGGAUACCCAGAAAAUCCCCACCGAGUCACCAUACGGCGAUGACUGGGACAUCCUAUGGCUAGGCCACUGCGGUAUGUCAUGUAAAACCGACUUUCCAUUUUACCUCACUCCGAAUGAUCCGACUAUCCCAAUGCCCCAACACUUCCUCCCCCUGUGGCGCGACCCUCCAACAUUCGAGGGCCAUGAGAGGGCAAAUCAUAGUCGACUUAUCUGCACAGCAAGCGAUGCAGUCUGCUCGAUGUUUUAUGCUGUGAGCUACAGAGGCGCACAAAGAAUCCUCGCAGCACUGUCGGUGAACCCGUCCGGUCUUGCGGAGGAAAUUGAUAUCGGUGCCCAGUUUGACGUCUCGCUCGGGCGUAUCUGCGGCAAUGGUUACUUGCGGUGUUUUGCACCUUACCCAUCGAUCACAGGUGGCUUCCAUCAGGCAGGGCCAAGAGCAAAGUCUUCUGAUAUCCAUGAUGAGGUUGGUGAGGAAGAAGGCUUUUUCAGCUGGGGGGUGGUAUACAGCACAAUGCUCAAUAUAAACCGUAUCUUGAAGGGAGAACUGACUAUUCAUGCUACAUGGGACGAUGUGGAUGUGUUGGAUGUUAUUCCUGGAGAUAUAACAAUGGAAAAGGGCGCUAUUUACUCUCCAAAGUAG